AUGCUCAUAAUCGAUGUAAUUCACAGAAUCGUGAUGACGAGAUUCUUCUACUAUUUCGCGUAUGGGAGUAACCUUCUCAAGGAUCGUAUACGGGUACAGAUCAAAGGAGCUGAGUACGAGUGCAAUGGAGUACUGAAAAACUUCAAACUGAAUUUUGUGGGCAGUUCAUACUCGCGAUGGCAUGGCGGUAUUGCCACGAUCACAGAGAAACCUGGAGCAGAGGUACAUGGCUGUGUCUGGCGAGUUCCUGAAGAAUUCGCGGGAGAGCUGGACCUACAGGAGUCUGGAUAUCAUCGACUAAUCGUACCAGUAGAAUGUGCUGAUGCUUUGAUAGAGUGCCGGACGUAUCAGUAUUCGAACACCAGGGCCUCUUUAGCACCGCCGUCACCCACACUACAAAACCGUGAUCGUGGCGGGAGCCAUCGAACAUUCCCUGCCAGAAUCAUACGUCUAAAAGAGAUGCCAGAUAACGGGUACAAAGGACGGGUCGAAGUCGAUGUUGACGUUAUUAGACAUUUGAAUCAAUAA